UUAGUAUCCCGGAAGGAAAGAGUGUGUUAUGAUUCUGUACGUAUCCGGAAGUCAGAGUGGCCUAGUUGGUUUUGGCGACUCUUACAGCUGUUCAGAGUGGAACGGAGGUGGCGGAACGAUGGCUCCAGUGUCGCGUUCGAGGAGCCCAGCGACGUCUCCAGCCUCUCGGCGGGGACGGGCCGGUGCCUCGGCCAGCCCUUCCCCGCCAAGGUCGUGCCGAAGUAGCAGGAGGUCCCGGUCAAGAUCUCGGUCCCGGGAGCGCAACGGCUUCAGACAGCGGCCUGGGCCUCCGCACCACUUUAGCCACCGACAUGGCCCGGAGCACUACGUCAAGGAACAGGAGGAGUCGCUGCGGCAGAGGAGAUUAAAUGAAAGAGAGAGAAUAGGUGAACUUGGAGCACCUGAAGUUUGGGGAUUCUCACCAAAGAUUCCAGACCCAGAUUCCGAUGAACAUACCCCGGCAGAAGAUGAAGACGGAGCAUCUAAAAAAAGCAGCUCCUCUGAUUCCAGCUCAGAAGAGGAAAAGAAAAAGAAGAAAAAGAAGAAAAGAAAAGCUGUUUCACAUGAAGGGAAAAAGAAAGCCAAGAAAAAGAAAAAGAAGCACCGAAAAAAAAAGUCUAAGAAAAAAAAGUCUAAGAAAAACAGGAAAGACUCCAGCGACUCGAGCAGUGAAGAUUCUGAUGAUGAUGUGCUGGACGGCGAUAAGUUCUGGAUCGAGCGAUCAAAAAGUACAGAUGCUGUGGAUUUCAUAGGACCGGAAGCUCCUAUUACUCAUGCUUCUCAAGAUGACCGACCUUUGAAUUAUGGACAUGCCUUGCUCCCUGGUGAAGGUGCUGCCAUGGCAGAGUACGUAAAAGCUGGGAAGCGCAUCCCACGGAGAGGUGAAAUCGGCCUAACCAGUGAAGAGAUUGCAUCAUUUGAAAAGUCUGGCUAUGUGAUGAGUGGCAGCAGGCAUCGGCGAAUGGAAGCGGUGCGUCUCCGCAAAGAGAACCAGAUCUACAGUGCGGAUGAGAAGAGAGCCCUGGCGUCUUUCAACCAGGAGGAGAGGCGGAAGAGAGAGAACAAGAUCCUGGCAAGCUUUCGGGAGAUGGUGUAUAGAAAAACCAAGGGCAAAGACGACAAAUGAACUAUUUGUUUCCUCUUGAUAAAGAACAAACUUGAGUUGACGUUGGUGAAUCUCCGCAGCUGCAGUGAUUCACAAACAAGUUGUCCAGUAAAGGUGCUCAAACCUUGGGAAACAGUUUCUGUCCUGUGUGCCAGUUGAACACCUUGGUAGAUUGACUUGGAUGGCCUGUUCAUCCGUUUGCAGUCACAGAGUUACAUGGGCCUACAGAAAACAAGAUGAGCAAAGUGUGCUGCCUGGCAAAAUAUACCAAAAUAUUGUCAGGAUGGUGGUGGGAGAUACUGCCAUAGAUUCAGCUGAAAAUUUUGCUCACCCAUGGAGAAAUGACACCCUUCUUGAAAUUCUAGACAGCACACUAACUGAAGCUCAAGACAGCUAAAUAAACAAACAAACGACCAGGGGUUUCUGAAAGUUGAGUGAAGCUAUCUUGUGGUACAUUCUUGGUUAAGAGAAUCCUAGGCCUGGUCUGUGACAAACAGAAGGUGUUGAAGUGAUAUAUUUUAUUGGACCAGAAGAAGAAAUAAAGAUGAUCCAAAGAUAUUCUCUCUAAUCCUGCGGGCCCAAUUAAACAGCAACACCCUUAAUAUGAGUGUCCCCUCUUAAAGUUCCUUCCUAGAGCACGUAUUUUGUCGUGUUUUUAUUUUAAUAGAGCAGAUUGUUUCAAUUUUUGUAAUUUCUAUAGAUUUGGCUUCCUCACUUUGGAAUUUAUACACACGCUCACACAAUAUUGAGUGUCUGAUCUAUAAUUUUACCAAAGAGGGGAACUGCUUGAAGCAAAUGGAUAUUUUGCUGCCUGACUUUGUUAUGUAAUUAAUGUUUUGUUGGGUAGAGGGGUGGAAAUCUGUACAUCAUGCAGUAAACCUAAUGUAGUUUUUAUUUUAUA